GAUAAUUACAAAAGCUCCUCUGCGCAUAAGCUCUUCCAUAACUUUAAUUACUAGUUCAGAACUGUCAUUUUAUAUACCAAGAGAGUGUAGAGUAUAGUAUCAAUCACAAGACACCCUUUGCUAAUACUCUACUCUCAAUUCAAACACUCCCUUUGCAAAAUGACAAACAACUAAGGUGGCAUCACAAGUGUAAAAAAUGCACGUGAACCAUGAAAACAAACACACCACACCACACCCCAUCAAAUAAUUGAAAAUCCAACUCCAAGUUGUAGUGUUUGUGAUCACAAACAUAAACACACAUUUCCAUUCUCAAUGAGAGGCUGCGAGAUUCAAGCACUCGGCAUCAACUACACUGUCCUAACCCACACCAUCCUCAAAGAUGUCAACCUCACCGCCAACCCCUCCGAAAUCCUCGCCAUCGUCGGCCCCAGCGGCGCCGGAAAGUCCUCCUUGCUCGAGAUCCUCGCCGGCAAACUCACCCCUCAAACCGCCUCCAUAUUCAUCAACAACAAACCUAUCAACAAGCCGCAUUUCAAAAAAAUGUCCGGCUACGUCACGCAGCGCGACACCCUAUUCCCCCUCCUCACCGUGGAGGAGACGCUCCGCUUCGGGGCGAGCCUCCGCCUCCGCCUCGCGGAGGCGGACCUCGCUGCUAAAGUGAAGUCUCUCCUCCACGAGCUCGGGCUCACGCACGUCGCUGGCGCCAGAGUCGGCGACGACAGAGUCCGAGGCAUCUCCGGAGGAGAGCGGAGGCGCGUGUCGAUCGGGCUGGAGGUGAUCCACGAUCCGAAGGUGGUGAUCCUCGACGAGCCGACGUCGGGACUCGACAGCACCUCCGCGCACCAGAUCAUCGACAUGCUCCACGUCAUGGCGGAGGCCAGCGCCCGCACCAUCAUCCUCAGCAUCCACCAGCCCAGCUUCCGCAUCGUCAAGCUCCUCCACAACAUCCUCCUCCUCGCCGCCGGCGCCGUCCUCCACCACGGCUCCGUCGAUCUCCUCUCCGUCAACCUCAUGCUCAUGGACCUCCCCCUCCCCGUCCACGUCAACGCCGUCGAAUUCGCCAUCGAGUCCAUCGACGCCAUCUCCGCCGCGGUGGAGGCGGCGCCGCCGCCUCCACCGCCCAAAAUCGCCGGCGGCACGUCCAAAACCGGAAAAUUCACCCUCCAGCAGCUUUUCCAGCAAUCGAAAGUGAUCGACGAGGAAUCAAUCGACGUGGAAGUCGAUCUCCCCUUCGGAUUCGCAAAUCCCCAAAUUAAGGAAACCCUAAUUUUAAGCCAUAGAUUCUACAAAAACAUAAUCAGAAGCAAAGAGCUCUUCAUGUGCCGGAGCCUCUCAAUGCUCGCAUCCGGCCUCGUCCUCGGCUCCAUUUUCUACCAAUUAAACGACGAUUUACUCGGCGCGGAGGAGAGAGUCGGCCUUGUCGCAUUCAUCCUCACCUUCCUCCUGUCCAGCACGGUGGAGGCGCUGCCGGUUUUCCUCCAGGAAAAGGAGAUAGUGAUGAAGGAGACAUCAAGCGGGAGCUACCGUGUGUCCUCAUACGCCGUCGCAAACGGCGUCGUUUACUUGCCAUACUGCCUCAUCCUCGCCCUCUUCUUCUCCGUGCCGGUUUACUGGCUGGUCGGAUUGAACCGGAGUGUAACCGCCUUCAUGCAUUUUGUAUUACUAAUAUGGCUCAUUCUAUACACUGCGAAUUCGGUGGUGGUGUGUUUCAGCGCGCUGGUGCCGAAUUUCAUCGUGGGAAACUCGGUGAUCUCGGCCGUGAUGGGGUCGUUCUUCUUGUUCUCGGGCUACUUCAUAUCGAAGAAUCAGCUGCCGAGGUUUUGGGUGUUCAUGCAUUACAUCUCGUUGUUUAAGUAUCCGUUCGAAGGGCUGUUGAUCAAUGAGUUUUCGAGGUCGGGGAGGUGUUUGGAGACGAUGUUGGAUACGUGUGUGGUGAGGGGGGAGGAUGUGUUGAGGGAGGAAGGGUAUGGAGAUGAAGGGAGUAGGUGGAAGAAUUAUGUGAUCAUGCUUUGCUUCAUCUUGGUUUAUAGGUUUGUUGCUUAUCUUAUUUUGAGGUAUAAGUGCUCCUCUCAUGCUGGGGUGAGAGGUUUCGUGGUUUGAAAUGUUUAUGUGACCCCAAUUUUAUUUAUUA